GAUGGCGGCGCCCAUGUUGCUGCCCGAGUCCCCUCUGGGGAAGUUGAGCCAUCAAAAAUACAGAGCUAUUCUGAAGAAAGAAAAGCGAAAAAAAAAGCGGCAGGCGCUUGCCAAACUAAGAGACUCAGAAGCUACAGAAAAAGAUGAAUCAGUGUCUGAGGAGGAAGAGGAGGAACUGGAAGAAGAGGAGGAGGAAGAAGAAGAAGAAAAAAAACUUGAGGCAGAAAGACAAAAACUACAUGAGCAAUGGUUGCUGAGAGAAGAAAAGGCCCAAGAAGAGUUCAAGCUUAAGAAAGAAAAAGAAGAGGCUGCAAGAAAACGUCAAGAAGAAGAAGAGAGGAAGAUCAAAGAAGAAUGGGAAGAGCAGCAAAGAAAAGAGAGAGAAGUGGCACAGCAGAAGCAACAGGAGAAGAGAGAGAGAGAGGCAGCUGUGCAGAGGAUGUUGGAUCAAGCUGAAAGCCAGCUGGAGAAUGGUGUGACCUGGCAUAACCCAGAGCCCCCAGAGAAUAUAGGAACAGAGAAGGAUAGAGCGAAUUGCCCCUUCUAUAUUAAAACAGGUUCCUGCCGAUUUGGAGACAGGUGUUCUCGCAAGCAUAACUAUCCAACAUCUAGUAAGACACUACUGGUCCGAGGGAUGUUCAUUACUUUUGGCAUGGAGCAGUGCCGGAGAGAUGACUAUGACACAGACGCGAGUCUCGAGUACAGUGACGAAGAGACCUACCAGCAGUUCCUGGAGUUCUACGAGGAUGUGCUCCCCGAGUUUCAGAACGUGGGGAAGGUGGUUCAAUUCAAGGUCAGUUGCAACUAUGAGCCUCACCUGCGAGGAAAUGUGUAUGUCCAGUAUCAGUCGGAGAAGGACUGUCAGGCAGCUCUUGCUCUAUUCAGUGGACGAUGGUAUGCAGGCCGACAGCUUCAUUGUGAAUUUUGUCCUGUGACAAGGUGGAAAACUGCUAUAUGUGGCUUAUUUGAAAGGCAGAAGUGUCCAAGAGGGAAACACUGCAACUUUCUUCACGUAUUCAAAAAUCCAAACAAUGAGUUUUGGGAGGCCAAUAGAGACAUACGUAUUUCUCCUGAACGGACUAAUCAGCUGUCUAAAAACUCUGAAAGGAGAAACAGAACGAGCCAUCGUGAUGACUAUUACAGCCGGUCAAGGAGAAGGGGCAGCCCAAGCCCAGAUCAUUCUUACCGGAGAAACGGAGAAUCUGAGAGAAAAAAGAAUCGCCGCAAAAACAAGAGAAGGCGCCGUUCUGGAAGGUCAAGAAGUCGAGAAAGGAGGAGGUCUCGCAGCAGGGGGAGAAAGAGGAGAGGCCGCAGUCGCAGCAGAAGUCAUAGUCGAACACGCAGUAGGAGCAGAAGUCGGAGUUCCUCUCGAUCCAGGAGCAGGGGUAAAAAGAGAUCAAGCAGCAGAGGAAAAAAUAGUGAAACUCCCAAAACAAAGUGAGAAUUACUUUUAGAAAUUGCUAAUUGAUCAAACAUAGAGCUGACAAAGAAAUCUUUCCAAUAGGGCACCAGAUAUAUUUGAGUUUCAAAUAAAGUGUUCUUGCACAUUAAAAUGUUUCUUCCUAAUAAAGGAACCUAGUUUAUUGUGUGCUAAGCUUCAGAAAAUUAAAAGUUUAAGGCCUAUGUAAGGUGUGAAUGUCAAGUACUCUAGCUACUCUGUCCCUCUGAACUGCUGCAACAUCUGGAUGCAUACCGAGUACAAAUAGAAAGAGAAGUAAAGCUUAUUUGGUAUAUGCUUAUUUCCGUGUUAUGUGUGUGUUAAGUGUUUACUGUCCCUGUAAGGAGUUAGUACAGAACAGCCAGUGUGCUGUAAAUUCACACCACAGCAUACUGCAAAUUGAAGUCUGUGUAGAAGAGAAGACUGCCAUUUAUAUUUUCCAUCUGCUUAUGGGAAAUCUCUUUCUAGACAAAGUAAAUAUAAUCAUGUUAUGAGUUGGAGAAAAGGGAUCUAAAAGACAUCGCUGUUUGAUUGUACAAUACUUGCCAGUAGGAGCUUUGUGGUCAUAAGUGUUGGAUUUUUCUGUCUCCCCUGACUGAGCUGCUGAGCUAAUUGCCUGUAGGGAUUGUAGUAGGCUAAAACGAAGUAGGAAGCACACAGAAAAACAAUCAAUUUAUUCAGUACCUUAAUCCCCAAGUAAGAGUGGAGACCAUGCACUUGUAAUCCUCAAGUAAGGACAGAAAAUAUUUUGCAUAGCUCUUGGUUGCAUACCAUUUGUAGUUGAAAACAACCUGCCUAACCUGUGAUGGAGUGGUGGAAAAGCGGACAUCUGGUCACCAAUGACGCAUAUGUAGUUGUGAAGGCUCAAGAUGGUUGCAGUGUGGCUAAGAAAUGAAAGGUUUUAUACCUGAAACAAUACCUUAGGUUUUUGGGAGAGGAGGACUUGAAUUAAAGCCUUCUUACGUUUAUUUUACAAACAGUUUGAGGCACCCUACUGCCUAGCUUCCCUACGGUCAAGGUGGAGAGUAGGGUACAUAAAAACGAAGUUAUCAGGACAAAACCUUUUUGAAAUGACAGCUAUAUUAGCAAAGUACCUGCAAUUAGAUAAAUCCUUACAAAUAUUUCUUCACUUCUAAAUGAAAGAUUUGUGCUGUGAGAUGGACUGUACUUCACACUGCUUAACUUCAGGUAUUUAACUUGGGCACGCAGGCGUCCUUAGACGCUUGGAGAAAGCAGUUUGUGGCACUGAAGGUGCAGGUGCCCUGAACGGUCUGCAGAGAUACCUCUGUCUCUUUAGCUUCUCCAAAGAACUUGGGUUCCUGCCUUUAGAGUACAGUUCAGACCACCUAAGUUAGAAGCCUAAAGUAGACGUGAAGUGCUCCCAAAUAGAUACUCGUUAUGACUCCAACAAUGUAAUAUAAAUUCCCGUAGAAAAUCUGGAUAUCCAAACUUUACGAUAGCAUUCCUCACAGCAAGAAUGUUUUUUUUUCCCCCAGGAUAGUGAAGAGUGAGUGAACAUUGCUUCUGGAUAUAAUAUAUAUAUUUUUGCUUUUCUAAAUGCAUACUGCACCUAGCAUGCUGAUUAUACAUUUUCCUUCUUUCAUGUGUAACUGUUGUCCAAUAUGGAGUAAUACAACAAAAGUGCUAUAUAUUGAUGUUCAGUUCAAACCCGACUUUCACUAUAUAUUGUCAUAACUGUAGGCAGAAUUGUAGCGUAGUUAAUUUGAUUAAAUGUUUUAGUUAUUAACAGAUGUAGGAACUGUAAUUUAGUAGCAUAACUUUUGAAAUAAUAACUUUGUUUAAAAGGCAUAUUUCAAAGGAUAGACAGCACUAAGUUUUAAAUUGUAUUUGAGAAAUUUGUGAUCACCAGUUUCUCAUAACAUAUCUUUUUCAGACUAGAACUUACAGACAGAUUUUCCCCAAGGUUUCUAUUUUUUCAUAGAUGCUCACUUGUCUAGUUGGGUCACUUGUGCAGAAUGUGGCAAACUCUGGUUCAGUUCCCUGGAGCAGAACUGAACUGGCAUUUCCUACUUGCUGAGAGGUACCACCAGCAGGCCAGUAACAUCUUCCUUUCACUGGUGCUGCCUUGCGUCCCACGACUCAUGCUGCUGAACUAGCCUGCUGGUUACGGCUCUCGGGUGGAAGAGCUGACUUAUGCCAUCUGUAGUACGUUGUACAUCCUGUGUCAUGCGGCAGGCUGUUGCUGAGCAUUAUCUGAGCGAAAUCAAUUGCCGAGCUCAAAACAAACAGAAGUGGUGGAAUGGGUGGUGGGAACCUGUGACCAGUCGGGUGAAAUAAGCAAAGCAGGCCUCUGUAGGAUUAGAAACCAAGUGCCAACUAAGACCCGUGUGAGAAUUCCACAGGUAAUUAGGCUCCUUGUCCCCACAGUUUUGUAAUGGGAUCUGGGAAGCUGAGCUGCUGUAUUUUUUUAAAAAAAAGUUCUUAUAAUUAAAAAAGACUUGCUCAGAGAUGCAUGUAAAAAUUUAAAUAUACUUUAUUUCUGCUACUAUAAUGGCUGAAGCUUCAGCUUUUUUUUUCUUGAGGUCUGGACCCAAACUUACUGGCUGUACCUGUGCAGUGUAGGACUGGUAGCUGUAAUUAAUUAUCAUUCACUUUCACAUGCAGUCUGUUGAUUACACAGAAAUUGAGUGCUGUAGAUCUGACAUUUAGUUUGCAUUUGUUAGCAUGAAACCUGGAGUUCAACCAGUUUUCUAACUUCAGAGUUCAUAUAUUUCAGUAUUGUUUCCCUACUUCAUAAUUUUAAGUAGUGUUACAUGCAUGGUUUUGUGUUUCCUUAUUAGCAGAGUGAGCUAUUUAUUCUGAAGAGACAAAGAGACUAGAAGUUUUUAAAUGUUAAGCUUAAUUCUUCUUUUUCCAAAGGGGAGAAGCCCCAGAAGAACACAGAAAGGAUUUAAAUGUGCAAGAAGUAGCUUGUUCUCACUGCGUGUUAUUCUGCGUAUUCCACAUAGAAGGACCUUAUAAAGUAAAUUAAUAUUGGCCAAGUUUUCUUUUGUUUUUAAUGACUGCUUAAAAGCAGCGGCUUUCAAAAUGCUUUUUUUCAGUUGUGAAUUCUGCAAGGAAUCACUGAGGUGCUGUAGAGCGAUUAUGAAAGCAGGCGUUGACAGAGAGCUGGGAGAAGUUGGUUAGGGCCUGCCAGACAGCUCAUUUCACCGUCAGGAUGGGGAGCAGGCACUGCUCCUACCCUUCUCCUGUGGGAGGGGGAACACAGCCGAGCCAGGCAGCAAGAUCACAUUUUUCCAGUGGCAGAAGGGGAGUAAUGACAGCGUGGUGGGAACUCCCGUAGGCACAAGAAGUAUUACUGCCCAGCAGCAUUUAGGUAUCGGGGAACCGGGCUUGCCCCCUCGCAGCAGCAUGCCCUCGAGUUGUGGCUGGCGGCUGCUUCCAUGCGGUUGCCCUUUCUGCCUGUCCGGAGUAGCUAACCACCAUCGCAGGGGGGCGAGGAGGGGGAGCACGUGUCCAUGUGUGCUGAAUGCAAGGCUUUCCUUUGUUACGGUGGGGGAACAAGCACACAUGGAAAGGCCUUCCUUCUCUGGCCCUUCCCUUGCGUAUAGGGCAGAUGGUCUGAAAUGCAUCCCAAGUAACUUCUCAGCUUUAUGUCCUUUGAUGAUAGCAUGUCUUUCUCAGAUACAGUUGUGCAUUACUGCAUUCAGUGUAUCAGAAAUUGCCCUGAAGUUUACUAGUGACAUUCCUGUGUGCUAAGUAACGUUUUUUCAAAAGAAACACAAGAGCCUGCUUAAAGAUGCUAUUACUUCCUGUCCUGGAUCAGCAUUUCUUACAAAACAUGAAAGUCUAUGCUAGUUAAUAACUUAAAAGCUUAAUUUACUUUCUUACAUCAUCUGAAGAGUGCAGCUGAUUUUGCUUUCACUCUAAGUUCACUGUAAUUAAAAUAAACCCCUAUUCCACAUAUCCUUCUAUUCAGCGCUGAUGUAUCAGCUGAAUUCAGUAUCUAUCUCUGAUUUAAAAAAAAGAUACAACAUUGACAAGUUACACAUUGGUAAACUAUGAGACAGAUUCCGAAGCAAGCCAUACAAGCAUAACCCACAGCACAUGGUAACUUAACAAAGGCAGCCGCAGGGCAACCAUCAUCAUGGCAUUAACCCAAAAGGAACAGCAGAUGUUUAGGAAGGCCUCUUCAGGUUUAAGAUUCAGUGAUGAAGUUGAAGGUACUCGAGCCAACAAUCACUUGCCUAAACGAUCCAGAAAUUCUAAUCGAUUCUUUAGCUUCCCCCCGCCCCUUCCCCAUAAGAUAGGAAACUUAAGAAACAAAACUUUAUUUCAUGUUAGAUUUAAGAAAUGCCCUAAGAUGGUAAGUUUUCCUUAUGCUUUUGCUGAUAACAUCAACCAGUUCAGUUCUUUCAGAAAGCUGGAGAACAGAUUAAUCUGAGAAAUUUUUGGUUGAGACUAGGAUUGUGAACGUUGCAUUGACUUGCUCAUAAUCCCAUGUAAGGAACUGAAUAUUCAGUCUGUAUUAUCCAGAACCCUCUCUCAACAUGUGGUUUGUUUUAAUUUUCAAAUGAAGUGGCACUACCGCACCAAUUUAACAUCCACUUUAAUAAAUUUCAUGUUUAAUGUGGUAAGCCUUCCAAAAACUUGCUAAUUUAUUGCUUUCUGUACAAUUUAAACGGAUGUAAAUAACUAAUCUUGGACACAGUAUACUCACACAUUUUUUAAUAAAAAGUGCUCAAGAACAGGUUAAGCACUGUAAUAAAACUUCCCUUUUUUUUAAGCUA